UGGGCAGUCUCUCAGCACUGUAUAAGAGCCUGUGAUGGAGCCCAUCACGCCACAGUUCAUUCACAUUUACGCAGAGGAGAUGAGCGCACGGAUAGCCAAAUCCAACCCGGCAAUGAAACUGAUAGUGCUCUUCACAGCUUCUCUCUCCUGGGCCUAUCAGCAGCAAGCUGUUCCACCGAAGUACGAGUACCGCGACCCUGUGACGUCUGAACUCCUGAUGUGCGACCAGUGCCCUCCCGGGACGGCCGUGAAGCGACACUGCACCGCUGACACACCCACAGAGUGCCAGCCCUGUCCUGAGAGGCAUUUCGCCGAGAACUGGCACUGGGGGGACACGUGUCAGUACUGCACCUCGGUGUGUAAGGAGAGACAGCUAGUGAAACAACAGUGCAACAGCACCCACGACCAGCGAUGUGAGUGUGCUCCAGGUUUCCACCUAGUGGUGGAGUUCUGUAUCCCACACAGUACCUGUCCACCUGGGCACGCGGUGACGGCUCUAGGCACGCCAGUGAGCGACACGGUGUGUGAACGCUGUCCCGAUGGUCACUUCUCACCUGGCAGCUCCUCCACUGAGCCGUGUCAGCCCCACACAAACUGCUCAGCUCUGGGCCUGAAGACCCUGAGAUGGGGCACAUCCACUUCAGACAGCGUCUGUGGCAAGAAGGCGCCACUGGAGUGCUCUCAGCAUCACACUAUGUGCCACACUGAUGUGACUCUUUGUGAGGAGGCAGUCUUCCAGUCCCUAGCUUCCCUGCAGCUGUCCUCAGUGCCCCUGGAACGACUGUUGGAGAGUCUUCCUGGGCGGAGGGUGGACCGUAAGAGUCUGGACAGGCUGAAGAAGGCCUGCUCACCCCAGCAGCAGGUCCUCCAGCUGCUGCGACUAUGGAGGGAGCAGAACAAGGACCAGGACAAGCUGUACGGCAUCAUACAAGGUGUGAAACACUGUGAGAGGAAGGUCUCCCGCUGCCACAGUCUAAAAAAUCUGACCCUUGAUGACCUCUUGAAGGUGUCAAACAGCCUUCCAGGGGUGAGAGUUCAGGAGGAGGAUAUUAGGGGAGUGGUCUCCAGCUGUCUGCCCAGGCAAUACAUCUUGCAGAUUCUUCACCUGUGGAAAGGAGCAAACCAAAACCUGGAUCUGGCUAAAGGUCUGACUCAAAGCUUGAGGGUCCUGCGCAGCCAAGCGGCACCUCGCUAUUUGGUGAAAGGCCUGAAGAAGAUCAGCCGCAUCAUUGGAACCACUUCAGCGUACAAGAUGUAUGAAAAGAUGUUUGUUAGUAUGCUCCAGGACGAGUCGUGUUUUAAAGCUCAUAAGCCAUUUAACGAAUAAACUCGAAUAAAUGCAAUCACAAGUACGACCAAACACUAAUGAUUUGCCAAAUAGUGAACACUAAAAGACACAGUGAGCAGAUUAAACAGACAUGGGUCAUGUGAUAAUGUCAGGUCUUUAAGAUAUCACCAAACAAUAUCAAGCUAUGCAUAUAGUGCCUAGAUGUGUUUCAUUUUACUAUACGAAAGAUUGGAGGUGAAAUUCUUCUUUGCCUCUCUGACGUUUUGUCAAAACCUUUUACCAAAAUGAGGACAUACUGAUUAAAUGAGGUAACACACAUAACAACUUCAUCUGUCUGCAAUGCAGAAAAAAGAAAUAACUCCAAGCAGACGCAAACAAAAUUUAAUAAAGGUUUCCUCUCUGACCGGAGUCUGUGAAAAGAGAAUAACUAUUUAAGAUGUAAAUAGCACACUAUUUUAUGGAAGAUGGGUUGGCAGAUAUGAUCUUUUUGUUUUUUGUUUUUGUUUUUUUUAUUGCUUUCUCGCUGUUUGAGAGGAAGGAUUUGGUUUCAUAAUGAAAUACAUUUAUUUUCCUCAGUUGUCCAUCGCUGGUUUGUUUGUUCUGGACUGCUGACUAGUAAAGCUCAUAUAAUUUCUUUAUUUUAUAUGAAUGUACAAAGGAGUGCAAUUGUUUUCUAUUUAAAAAAAAAAGUACUUUCAGAAUAUGUAAAGGCUUAUGUUUAAUACUUUAUCGGAAAUACUGGUUUUCCAAAUGCUGCAAGUUCAUGAAGUGAUAUUUGUUUUAUAUUUUGUUUUAUCACUUUUAUAUUAUAAAUGUAUGACCUUUAUUGUAUAUAUGCCUGACUGGUCCUCUUUAAGCUUGUGUAACUUGUGAACAUUUACGUCGGAUUGAUCGGAUGAAAUUCAGUUUGUAAAAAUGCAUUGUUUCAACAUAAAUAAGCAAUGAACUGA